CAUCGGUUGUGGUUGCGUUUGUUGCGCACAGGUGAGAGUGAGCAACGCAGGAGCGUUCAAAGUUGCGCGCGCCCAAUACAUCGAAACGAAUCGGUACGGCCAGGUGUAUCUGUGUACCAGUGUGUGUGUGUGAAUCGUUGGUAACAACAGCCGGCGCACCUGAGUAUCACUAUGAUGCACAAAUUAAAAUAUCGUGAUAAAUUAAAAUGGCUCUUAGCCUUUUUCCUGGUAGUCUGUUUUGCACAAAUCGAGGCCCAGACAAGGGAUCCCAGAUUUUACUCACGCCCAGGAGUUGACUAUCAUUGGCCAAAUCCCGGUGAUCCAGAUUACAGAACUUACACGUUCAACGAUCGUCGAUAUGGUCAUUAUCAGCCAAAUGGUUUCGGAGCCAACUAUCCAGGUAGAAACCCGCCGGGACAAUAUCCCCAGGGAAUGCCAAACGAGGACCGUUUCCGUUUCGAUCCGAACGACCCGAAUGCGCGGACCCAGUUUCCGGGAGUUUUGGCCGGCUGGCGAGAGGAUUUACAGGGCAAGCAGCGUCGGGAUUCGUUGACCCUGGAACGGGAUGUUUUUGUGACCACCAACUAUGGCCAGGUGCAGGGCUUUAAGGUGUACAUGUACGACAAUCCCGAUCCCAAAUCUUUCUAUCGUCCCUUCCAUUCAACCGUGGAUCGUGUAAUGGGCGAGUGUUCGGUCUUCCUCGGAAUUCCCUAUGCCCUGCCACCCACCUUUGAGGGUCGAUUCAAGCCGCCACGCAUACAUCGAGGAUGGCAGUUGCUACAGGCCGUCGACUUUGGGCCUGCGUGUCCUCAACCUGUCCGUUAUACAGGUGCCACCAAGGGAGUCACGGACAUGGACGAGGAUUGUCUCUACUUGAAUGUAUAUUCACCGAGGACUGGAGCUGGCGUGGCACAGAAAUAUCCAGUGAUGGUGUACAUCCAUGGGGGAGAGUUCAUCCGGGGAGCCUCCAACUUGUUCCAGGGCCAUGUUAUGGCCUCAUUUUACGAUGUGGUGGUGGUGACUCUGAAUUAUCGCCUGGGUGCCCUGGGAUUCCUUUCCACGGGUGAUGAGAACUCACCCGGAAACUACGGCAUUUUGGAUCAGGCUAUGGCUUUGCGUUGGGUACAUGACAACAUCGAAUUCUUCAAUGGAGAUCGAGACUCCAUAACUCUCUUUGGUCCUGGAGCAGGUGGGGCCUCAGCCGGUCUCCUGAUGGUGGCACCACAGACAAGGAACAUUGUGAGAAGGGUGAUCGCCCAGUCGGGAUCAGCUCUAGCAGAUUGGGCUUUGAUCCAGGACAAAUACAGGGCGCAAAACACCAGUCGUGUUCUGGGACAGCUUUUGGGCUGCUCUCUAGAGUCCUCGUGGAAACUGGUCAAUUGCUUGAGGACUGGACGUAGUUUCUAUGAGCUGGGAAACGCUGAAUUCGCCCCCCAGGUUGGCAGCUUCCCCUGGGGUCCGGUUCUGGACCACAAUUUCACGCUGCCCGGCGAUGAUUGGUACGAAGGAUGGCGGGAAAAAGAUUGGCGCUUCCUCACCCAAACGCCGGAGACCCUGAUUCGCGCCGGAAAGUUCAAUCGAAAUAUCCAGUAUAUGACUGGAGUAACGACACAGGAAGCUGCUUUCAUCGUGGCCCAAAACGAAUCCCUAAGUCCUUAUUAUGAGCUGGAUGGACGCUUCUUUGACCAGAAGAUACGUGAGCACGUCUUCCGGUAUAAUUACACCCUGAAUCCUAACGGAGUUUAUGAAGCCAUCAAGUACAUGUACACAUUCUGGCCGGAUCCCAACAACAAUACGAUAAUCCGGGAUCAGUACAUCAAUAUGCUAAGUGAUUUGUAUUACCGGGCACCGGUAGACCAGAUGGUCAAGCUGAUGCUCGAGCAGAAGGUUCCAGUUUACAUGUAUGUCCUGAACACAACCGUGGAGGCACUUAAUCUGCCUCAGUGGCGAAAGUAUCCACACGACACCGAAAGAUACUUCCUCACAGGAGCUCCCUUCCUCGACACAGAGUUCUUCCCCAAGAAGGACCACUUGCAGCGUAACAUGUGGACGGACAACGAUCGCAACAUGAGCCACUUCUUCAUGCAGACCUACACGAACUUUGCCAGAUAUGGCAAUCCGACGCCCCAACAGGUGCUGGGCAUGCACUUCCAACGGGCUUAUCAGGGGGAGAUCCGUUACCUGAACAUCAACACCACGUACAACUCCUCCAUCCUGCUUAACUAUCGGCAGACUGAGUGUGCCUUCUGGACACAGUACCUGCCCACUGUGAUAGGUGUACUGGUGCCGACAUAUCCACCAACCACAGAGUACUGGUGGGAGCCCAAGGAACCACUUCAGAUCGCCUUCUGGAGCAUGUCGGUUACCUGUUUCUUCCUCAUAGUUUUGGUGGUCAUUUGUUGCAUCAUGUGGCGCAAUGCCAAGCGACAAUCGGAUCGCUUCUAUGACGAAGAUGUCUUUAUCAAUGGUGAGGGUUUGGAACCUGAACCAGAUACUCGGGGAGUGGACAAUGCCCAUAUGGUGACAAACCACCAUGCGCUUCGAUCCAGGGAUAACAUCUAUGAAUACCGAGACUCGCCCUCCUCUAAAACGCUGGCUAGCAAAGCGCACACGGACACAACUUCCUUGCGUUCACCAAGUUCACUGGCCAUGACCCAGAAAUCCAGUAGCCAGGCUUCCCUGAAAUCUGGGAUCUCUCUGAAGGAGACCAAUGGUCAUUUGGUAAAGCCUAAUGAGCGGGCAGUCACACCACGUUCCCAAACGAAUGGAUCAACGGCAAAGGUGGCGGCUCCCGUCGAGGAGAAGCGUCUUCUGCAGCCAUUGUCCAGCACGCCGGUGACACAGUUACAGGCAGAGCCGGCUAAAAGAGUUCCAACCGCUGCAGCCAGUGUCUCGGGCAGCAGUCGGAGCACCACUCCGGUGCCCACCGCCCGCAGUACCACCCACACGACAACGGCCACAUUAAGUUCUCAGCCAGCAGCUCAGCCCAGACGAACCCAACUGGUAGAGGGAGUGCCACAAACAUCCGUCUAAGUAACCGCUCUCUAAGCGCGGGAUGCGCUUAGGGAGUCAGCCGAAUCGUCCAAUUACAGAGCCCGUUAAAGAUCCCAGAAGGAAAGGAACAGGUUUACCUGGGAUUUCAAUUACUUUAAGCUAGUUAUUUUCGUAAAAUAAUGUAAUUUUAGUUCUUGUAUUUAUAAUACGUUCUUGAACAGAUCUUUGAGAUCUCAGUUUUGAGUUGUAGUCUAUACAAACCUAUAUUCUUAAUGUUAUUUUAAGAAUAUUUGUUCGUAAGUUUGAUAACCCAACGAAUACAAAUCCAUAUCAAUCACAUUCCAGCCUUAUAACCGGCCUCUAAGUGUACAUAUAAAAAUAUAAUGAAGUAGAAAUAUUUAAAAUAUAUUUAAAUUUGUCACUUUAAAGAGAUUAGAUAGAUAGAAAUUACAUAAUAGUAUAUAUGCAAAUGGACAAGAGAUGUUCAAAUAAGCUUGUAUUGUAUCCCUUGUAUUUAGUUUUUGAAUGUUUAAAUAUCAAGUUAGAACAAAAAACAAAUGGUAAAUCUAUAUACAGAUUUAAUUUUAAUAAAUCAAAGUAAAAAACUAAAUAAUUCGAAAUAUUGAAUUAAUAACUAACUGUCACGUCCUUAAUCAUAAGACCAUUAGUUUUACCCACUCCCAUACAUCAUCAAGAGCAAUACCUGCAGUGCCUUCAUUUAUUGUAAUUGUCUUUGAUGGAUCCAUUACUAGUUCUUAACGAACGGUGCCUUAUCCAUGUACCAACUAAGUGUGCCUUUCAUAUGAAUAGAUGUACUUCUAGUUAUGUAUUUUUAUAUGUUUUAUGUGUCGCAUAUAAGCAAAAAAUGACCAUAAAAAAUCAGUGUGAACCGUCCAAUAAUUUUAUGUUUUCAUCAGUAUCGUGUACAUUUAUUUCUUGUAUAUAUCUUCAUUUGUUACAUGCUUUUGAAAACAUAAUGUAUUAACACUUUUAUAUUUAAUGUUUAAAUGUUUAAUCUUAAUGUAUUUGUCCCCAAAUAAAAAGUUAUUAAUGUAA